ACCCUGUCGUGUUUGCAAAACUCCAAAGGAAGACGUUCGGAAAUUUAACACAUCUGUGUUUGAAAAUGGCGAACUCGGCAACGGCAAGACAAGCGCAAGAACUAUUGGAUGAUGAGGGGUUUGCAGAAGAGAAACUGCUGGAAGAACUCGAACAUUGUGAAAUCCCAGCUCAUAUACGUGAAGCAAGGUUUGAAGCUUUAAAAAAGCAGACUAGUGAUCUCAAGCAGUUUCAGGAAAAGGGUCAUGGAACCUAUGAGUUGAUUGAUGAGCAAAAAAAGUUCCUAGACAUAACUACCUCAGAGGAGAGAUGUGUUGUACAUUUCUUUCAUGAAGACUUCAGAAGAUGUUCAAUUAUGGACACACAUUUACAGAAAUUAGCAGAGAAGUACUUUGAAACAAAGUUUGCCAGGAUCAAUGUAGACAAUGCAAAGUUCUUGGUAAACAAAUUAAAGAUCAGAACACUACCAGCUGUUAUAUGCUUUAAGGAGGGCAUCGUAGUUGAUAAAGUGAUUGGAUUUGAGGAAUUGGGCAACACUGACUCCUUUACAACAGAAACUUUAGAAAAACGUCUUGGGAACUCGGGUGUGAUUCAUUAUAAAAACACAAAUCCCGAACCAGGGAAAAAAUCUUUAUUUGGUCAUGUGAGACAAAACAAUGAUGACGAUAAUAGUGAUGAUGACUGGUAA